AAGUAAAAAUAAUUGACAAUGUGAUAUAUUCAUUGAAAGACUUUCAAUUCAUUCACAAAGUUGAUGAUGAAUGAGAAUAUUGAGAAGAGAGGAGAAUAUGACCUGCCAUUGUCAGCCAACAUAUCAGAAAUACAGGUGCAUCAUUACAAAAUAAAUCUGCAGUGUGAUCUUCAAAAUCAGGUCUUUCAUGGCAGUACAACUGUCUUUUUCACCCAGCGACUUGAAAGUAAUCCAAAGACUGAACGGCUUAGUGAUCUUUGUCAAGUAAUCCGCUCCAGUAGUCCAAGUUAUGAAGCUUGUGAAAGAGGUACCAAUUCAUAUUACCCAGAGAGUUCUUAUGUAGUCCAGGAACCCAGUUCAGCUGAAAUACAGACAGUAAAAAGUGAUGAGCAACUUAUGCAUUUAUCUCAAAAUUCUGAGGAGACAUAUCAACCUGUGAGCAAAGGAUCAACAGAUUUGGGGAGAUCUAGUAUAGAUCUUCGAAAAACACAUUUUGUUUUCAAAAGAAGCCUCUCUUGGUCAGAAAAUGAUGUAUCUCCAGUCAAACAAAUGAAAAGUUCAGAUCAGUCAUUUGAGAAUACACAAAUAUCAAAUAAUAUACCCAGGAAAAAUUUUGUCAGUGAAGGAAACACUAGAAUUAAGGAUUUCACAUUGAUAUUAGACUGUCAUAAGUUGGAAAUACAAAGUGUUUCAGAGGAAAAAGUGACAUCAAGCAUUGAUUCAGAAACAUUUAUUUCACCAGACUGUUCAAUAGAAAACUCUCAGACAACUUGUACAUCACUCAAAUAUGAAUUAGGGGACCAGUGUUUGAAGAUUCAGGUGCCUGAUCAUAAAAAAGAUAAAAAUGAGCUGAGGGCAAUAAAUAUUUCAUAUAAAACAUUAGAUGGACAUUCUCUAAAAUGGACAAAGGAUCAAGAUGGCAAUGACUGUGUGUACACACAUGGACACUGGAUCAACAACCGCUCCCUAUUUCCUAGUCAAGAUGUUCCGGAGGCUCUUGCAACAUGGCAAGCCUUUGUUAAGGUACCCCAGGGAUUGACCGUCAUUAUGAGUGGGGAUCACAAUCCACAGAGAAAACAUUUAGAAAACAGAAUGGAAUGUUUUUACUUUUGGACUUCCUUUCCCAUGCCAAGUUCAACUCUUUCACUUGCUGUUGGAUAUUGGAAAGAGUGUAAAAAGCCCCAAACACAAGAGAAUGACGUGAUCCCUUACCGUGUGUUUGGUCCCAAGAUUCUGAUGACUUCCAUGAAUGCUAUCCAUCAAUACAUUCCUCUGUGUCUUGAGGAGGUCACUGCUGUGCUGGGACAACAUCCAAUGAAAAGACAAGACAUUCUGGUAGUACCAGCAUCUUUUGACAGUUUAGGAAUGGCAAGCCCUAGUAUUUUGUACUUAUCUCAGUCUCUCCUGCAUGCAGACUUAUCCAUGUUUUAUCGCCUUGCUCAUGAGGUGUGUCACACGUGGUAUGGUAUUGUGAUAGGUCCAGCAGACUGGACAGAGGAAUGGCUGACAGAAGGAUUCUGUACAUAUCUGGAGGACAUUAUACAUACCAGGGUGCUAAGGAGAUUAGGGAGAUUGUCAGAAGAGGAGGAGAGUGACGUCCGUGAUCUCAGAGACCUCGUUAAAUUCCGCAUCCUGACAGCAGAAAUUCAGAAUACAGAAGAAACUCUUCAAACACUCAAACCAGAUUGUACUGAGUCAGGAAGCAACAAAACAUUUGUUAAAAAUGGAAUGAACCCUGAGAAGAAAUAUUUACAGGUUCAUUACCUCAAAGGAUAUUUCCUGCUUAGGUAUUUGGAAAAAUUGGCUGGAUCUAUGAAAUUUUUAGAAUGUCUUGGAAAAUAUGUUCAGCAGUUUCAUGGGAAACUGGUUUCCUCUCAGGAGGUCUUGCAAUUUUUUAUCCAUGAGUGUGAAGAAAUUUCUGCAGCUGGGCUGACUGCUUCAGAAUUGUCUUCCAUUUGGUUGGAAUGCUCAGGAUUGCCAUCUGCAGUAUCAGGCAUGAUAGAGAAAGGAAGCAAAAUAGUGCAAAAUGUGAAGAAUCAGGUUGAUCUGUUUUGUGAAAGGUGUAGGAGAAAAAAGUCCGAGCCUAUGAUAAUUGCAGAAUUAAAGGGUUAUAGCCCAGAUGAAUUGAUACUUUUCUUAGAAUUACUUCUGGAUGAAAAUGAGAUCCCAUGGUUUGGUUUGUCAAGUCUGAAGAAAAAGUAUCACAUAGGAACUUGCAAUGCUGAGAUCAAACACAGAUGGUGUGAACUCAUAAUAAAGUGCAGACAUCGAAGCAGUAGUUUUUACAAAGAUAUCCAGGACUUCCUCAUAGAUCAUCAGGGUAUGGGUGUUUAUCUAUAUGGAGAGAUGAUGUUAAGUGGAAGGAAAGCAUUAAUCAAUCUGGCCCACAAGUGUUUUAAUCAGCUACAACAAAGCAUGGGCAUAGACACCUACACCGCUGUCCACAGUAUGCUGUUUGGAGAGUGACAAUGUGAUAAAAUAUGGAUAAAACCUCAGAUAAUGGAAAAUAAGAUGUCCACAUGGAUGCAAAGCUACCUUUGUCCCAGCACAGGAACUAGAAACUUCUAGUUUCUUGGUUGUGGUAGAAAAUUCAUGUUAUAACCUAGUGUUGCUUUCUGCAGUUGAUAGGUAGAUAUCAGGUUGGGCAAUAAUAAGUCAUCUUUCUUCUUCAAUUAGAAGUACAUGUACUGAACUGUUAUACAAUGUUGCAAUUCUAGCUUACAAGACUUGUGCAAUUCUACCAAUGGAAGAUCUGACAAAAUAUUUUGCUAAAAUAAGAUUCCAAUCAGUUGGUAAUCAGUUGGAACUUUCUUUUCAACUUAUUUAGUUGAAUUGAACUCAUAAAAAAUGCAUGCUCACUGUUCGUGACCAAAAGAAAAAUGAAUACUGUGAAAUCACUAA